AUGAGUGAAGCAGGUUUGCCCGGGGAGAGCACACAACUUGACGAUGGUCAUCCUGUUUGGGAAGCAGUUUCGGAUUUGGCGCGUUUGGGUUUUGGCUUCGAGGAAAUAUUGUUGCAGUCUGGCGUCAACCGGGAGUGUCUAGUGAUGGCGUUUGAGAAACUGAAGUUACAUAUUGCCCCGAGAACACUCAAACGUGCAAGGGAACCCUCACCUAUUCCUUCGCCUGUUCCUUCUCCGGUUUCUUUACGUGCGUCUUCAUUGGAUCCGGUGCGACCUGUUCAGACCAACUUGAAAAGAGGACCGGCCAAGUUUGCGGACAUUAGCUGGAUGAACGCCCUCAUCAUAGAAUUGUCCUCUGAUGACGAGCUAGAAGACGAACCUGAGUACAAGUUCACAUCAGAGUUAGAGGCGAAAGAAUCGCAAAUACGGAUGAUGAAACAGAAAAUUGCAGAGCUUGAAUCGUCCUUGAGAGGCACAAACUCACCAGGCGACGACAUAGAAGAGGUAAGCCAUAUAGCUGAAGCCGCUGCACUGCAAGCUGUGCAACUUUCUCUCACUGAAACCGUACUGAGACGCGACAUUUGA